AUUUUUAAAAAUAUCACCAGUGAAGAUUCAGUCCAGGGGCAUGGAAGCAGAAGGCUGAUCAGUUUCUCGCUUUCAGAUUUCCAAGCUUUUGGUUUGAAAAAAGGCAUGUUCUUCAAUCCAGACCCUUACCUUAAAAUUUCAAUCCAACCUGGAAAGCAUAGCAUCUUCCCAGCUCUUCCUCACCAUGGACAGGAGAAAAGGUCCAAGAUUAUGUGUAACACUGUCAAUCCCAUCUGGCAAGGAGAGCUGUUCAGCUUUGUUUCUCUGCCCACUGAUGUCCUGGAAAUAGAGGUGAAGGACAAGUUUGCAAAAAGUCGACCGAUCAUUAAGCGUUUUCUGGGAAAGCUGUCCAUGCCGGUACAACGGCUGCUAGAAAGACAUGCCAUAGGGGACAGGGUUGUUAGCUACACCCUGGGACGUAGGCUACCAACAGAGCAUGUCAGUGGCCAGCUGCAGUUUCGAUUUGAGAUAACUUCUUCAAUCCACCCAGCAGAUGAUGAAGAGGUCUCCAUUGCUGCAGAUCAUGAAUCAAUUGAAUUCCAAGAAAGCCCCAUUAAUAUCUCAGCAGAGGAAAUCCUUAGUGAGCUUCCAUGCACCAGCACAGUGAGCUCAGAAAGUGCAGCUCCAGAAAAGCUAAAUGAAUGUCAAGUAAUCUGCAUCAGUGUUGGCAACUCUGGAGCUGGGGAGCCCACGUUGAACUGCUUCUUCACAGAAGAGCUAGCAGGAAAUAGAGAGAUUGAUGUCGUACCAGCAGACACAGUUAAUCUCUUGGAAUCCAUCCCAGUGGAAAUAAUGCCUUCCCUGAAUGCUAUGGACCUCAGUGAACCUUUGCUGGCAUGCACGCCUCCAGAAUCUGAAGUUAGAGAAAACAAUAAAGUUAAUUCUGUUACUCAGGGAGACAAUGACAUAAUUAUCAACACAGAAGCCUUAUCUAUUGAUGAGAUGAGUGGAGAUGCUCAAGUUGUCAAGGAUCUGGACAAGAGUCAGGAUGACGAAGGGGCCUCAGCCCAGGAGGACCAGGAUGAGAAUGAUGGUGAAAAGGAGAGCAAGCUACAAUUACGGACCAUGGUGAAAAGAAAAAGCAGGCCUUGUUCCUUGCCUGUGUCAGAACUUGAAACAGUGAUUGCAUCUGCCUGUGGGGAGCCUGAGACUCCUCGUACGCACUACAUAAGAAUACACAAUCUCUUGCACAGUUUGCCUUCUGCCCAGCUGAGCAGUGAUGAUGGAGAAGGGGAGGAGGAACAACAAGGCAGUGUAAUAGAGAAUGAUGAGGAACUGACAGUGAGAGAAGUGUCAGAGAAGGAUUUAGUUAGUGAGACUGAAACUGUGUUGGCUGAACCUCCUCUGGAAAACUCAGUGGAAGGGAACUUUGUUCGGGGAACUGUUCCACGCAGCACCUCCAUUGAACACCUUGCUGAUUUAAAUGAACAAACAUUGGAUAAUGAAGGGCCAAGAACUGAAAGUGACAGUGAUCUGAGUCCUAGACCAAAUGGUGACCCUGAGUGUGAAAUGUGUGACACAUCCUGUUACAGCACUUCUUGUUAUAGCACUUCCUGCUAUAGUACCUCCUGUUACAGCACUUCCUGUUACAGCACUUCUGGUCCAGAGAGUGCCAAUCGAUUCUCAAGCCAUACUAGGUUCUCUUCUGUUGACAGUGCAAAGAUUUCUGAGAGCACAGUUUUUUCUUCACAAGAUGAUGAGGAAGAAGAAAAUAGUGCUUUUGAAUCAGUGCCAGACUCAGGUCAAAGCCCCGAGUUGGACAGGGAACAGCUGGAUGGCUCUACCCACUGGCCUGAGGAAUUGGUAGUUCAUGGAACAAGUCUACAGGGAACUGCAGAAAGUAUAGAGUCUCCAGUAGCAGGCCCAAGCAUCAGAAGAGAAGGUGAUUGCCCUUUGCUCCAUAAUUCUCAGCCAAUCAACCAGCUUCCUUCCCUGAGACCUGAUCACCAUCAGUACCCAACUGUUGAUGAGCCUCUUCCACCAAACUGGGAAGCUCGGAUAGACAGCCAUGGACGAGUAUUUUAUGUGGAUCAUGUAAAUCGAACCACAACUUGGCAACGUCCUACAGCAGCAGCUACUCCUGAUGGAAUACGCAGAUCUGGAUCAAUCCAACAAAUGGAGCAACUCAAUCGACGAUAUCAAAAUAUUCAGCGAACUAUUGCUACAGAGAGAACAGAGGAGGACACUGCUGUCAACAGUCGGGUGGAAAGGCUCCCUCCUGGAGGAGGCAGUGAUUCUGAAGCAGACCCAUCCCAGGCAAAUACAGAAAUUAGGAGAGAAAUACCUGUUUCACCUGUGAACUCUCAAAAAAUCACUUUGUUGCUGCAGUCACCAGCUGUAAAAUUCAUUACCAAUCCUGAAUUCUUCACAGUGCUGCAUGCAAACUACAGUGCCUAUCGUGUUUUCACCAACAGCACCUGCUUGAAACAUAUGAUUCUGAAGAUCCGCAGAGAUGCUCGGAAUUUUGAGCGGUAUCAGCAUAAUAGGGACUUAGUAAAUUUCAUCAACAUGUUUGCUGACACACGGCUGGAACUUCCACGAGGCUGGGAGAUCAAAACUGAUCAACAAGGCAAGUCUUUCUUUGUUGACCACAACAGUCGUGCUACCACUUUCAUUGAUCCCAGAAUUCCACUUCAGAAUGGCCGCCUACCCAAUCACUUGACCCACAGACAGCAUCUUCAGAGACUCCGUAGUUACAGUGCGGGAGAGGCAUCAGAAGUCUCUCGAAACAGAGGGGUUUCUUUGUUGACCAGACCAGCCAACAGCCUAGUAGCAGCAAUUCGAAAUCAGCACCAUCAUGAGUCAUUGCCUCUUGCAUACAAUGACAAAAUAGUCGCAUUUCUACGCCAGCCUAAUAUUUUUGAAAUGCUACAGGAGCGUCAGCCAAGUUUGGCAAGGAACCAUGCACUCAGGGAGAAGAUCCACUAUAUUCGGACAGAGGGUACACAUGGACUUGAAAAGUUGUCUUGUGAUGCAGAUUUAGUAAUACUACUGAGUCUUUUUGAAGAAGACAUUAUGUCCUACAUUCCUCUUCAAGCAGCCUUCCAUCCUGGCUACAGCUUUUCCCCUCGCUGUUCACCUUGCUCAUCACCUCAGAAUUCUCCAGGCCUGCAGCGGGCCAGUGCAAGAGCACCUUCUCCUUACAGGAGGGACUUUGAAGCCAAGCUUCGCAACUUUUAUCGAAAACUAGAAGCCAAAGGAUAUGGCCAGGGUCCAGGGAAAAUUAAAUUAAUAAUAAGGCGUGACCACUUGCUGGAAGGCACUUUUAAUCAGGUGAUGGCUUACUCACGGAAGGAGCUCCAAAGAAAUAAACUCUAUGUCACAUUUGUUGGAGAAGAAGGCUUGGAUUACAGUGGCCCAUCCCGGGAAUUCUUCUUCCUUCUUUCUCAGGAGCUCUUCAAUCCUUACUAUGGCCUGUUUGAGUAUUCAGCCAAUGAUACUUACACUGUACAGAUCAGCCCCAUGUCAGCAUUUGUAGAAAAUCACCUGGAAUGGUUCCGAUUUAGUGGUCGUAUCCUUGGCCUUGCUCUUAUUCAUCAGUACCUACUUGAUGCUUUCUUCACAAGGCCAUUCUACAAAGCACUGUUAAGGCUGCCAUGUGACCUUAGUGACUUGGAGUAUCUGGAUGAGGAAUUCCAUCAAAGUUUACAAUGGAUGAAGGACAACAUCAUCACUGAUAUUCUGGACCUCACUUUCACAGUGAAUGAGGAAGUGUUUGGACAGGUAACAGAAAGAGAGUUGAAAUCUGGAGGUGGAAAUACACAAGUGACUGAAAAGAACAAGAAGGAGUAUAUUGAAAGAAUGGUUAAGUGGCGAGUAGAAAGAGGGGUUGUUCAGCAAACUGAGGCAUUAGUUCGUGGCUUCUACGAAGUCGUAGACUCAAGGCUUGUCUCAGUGUUUGAUGCUAGAGAGCUAGAAUUGGUUAUCGCUGGCACUGCUGAAAUUGACCUUAACGAUUGGCGCAAUAACACAGAAUAUCGGGGUGGUUACCAUGAUGGCCACAUAGUAAUACGAUGGUUCUGGGCAGCAGUAGAGAGGUUCAACAAUGAGCAAAGACUACGGUUGCUGCAGUUUGUUACUGGAACAUCUAGCGUCCCUUAUGAAGGCUUUGCGGCCCUUCGAGGGAGCAAUGGGCUACGGCGCUUCUGUAUAGAGAAAUGGGGUAAAAUAACAUCACUCCCCAGGGCCCAUACCUGUUUCAAUCGCCUGGACCUUCCACCCUACCCAUCAUACUCUAUGCUGUAUGAAAAGCUAUUGACAGCUGUUGAAGAAACUAGUACCUUUGGACUUGAAUAAGAAAAAACAGGUUUUUCAAUUGUUUCCUUGUCAACGACAUCAUUCCCUUCUGCUGCCAUAUGAAUUGGAUUUUCAGUAUUUUUAUUUCUGGUGGAAAAGACAGGAGAAAUAAAAGCUGUGCAUGAAGAACAGCCUUCCUUUAAGAACUAACCUUCAUGCUUUUCAUCUUUAAUUCCCAAUGGACAACUACCCUGUAUGCAAUAUGAAAACAAGGUCUCUGUGUAUCUACACAUACCUCCAUUAGUAACAAUGAAAAUACGAAUGCAAGUUAUGCUACACUUGACCAAAUGUUAAUAAAUGUUUACUUCCAUAUGUUAAUUAAAAAAGAACAUUCAUCAAGCAUUCCAAGCUAUAUGUUCAUCCUUUGCAUCUUAAUUGUAGGUUGCAUCUUAAUGGUAUUGAGUCUUCAUCAUUGGAAGUUGGUCAAGAGCCUCACUCAUUUAUCCUUGAUUUUUUUGUACAUAUCAUACAAAGGUGAAAAACACUUAUGAGCAAAACUGAAUUUUUUAAUGUGAAUUCAUAAUUCAAAUGAGCUACAUCAGUUGGAACUAGGCCUGACAUGUGGUGCAGAUAAGUUAUUCAAAGGAACAAAACUAACCUGCAGUGCAAUGCAGAAUAUGUCAAUGAUUAUUAAUAGCUGUUAAAUGCUAGAAUUGAAAUGCUGAUCUAUUGAGGUAUAAACAAGAGUUAAUGCUUAUUGGGGGACUCAUAUUUGGGGGACUCAAGAAAGAUGUCUUAUUAUCUAGCGUAACAGACAGCACCACUUUAAUUAUUGUACAUAACAAAAAAUAACAGGAUGAAUAUUAUGUUUCUUUGUAUCUUCUCAUUUUGCUUACCAAUUCUUUGUUUUUUGAUGUUCUGUUUCCUAACAGAAAAGAAAUAUAGACAAUCCUGCACUAUGUAUUGGAAGCCAUUAUUGAAACUAUAAUGAGUGGCUUUGUUUCAUUUCUCUUUGAUCUCAAAUAUCACAGAAUUAGUUCUGUAUAAAAUGAUUUAGCCUAACUAUAUAUGAAGCUGCAGAGGAUGAUGGAGUUGAAAUAAUUUGAAUAAGAGAAUAAUCUAUUACCUAAACAACUGAACUCCCUGAUAAAGCUCCAGUGGUCAAUGUAGCAGGUUUUUGGGUAUAUUGAAGAGUCUAAACUCCCCUGUACCCAGGUGAAACAACAGAUGGUUAAAGAUUGUGGGCUUCAUUUUCUAUCACCAAAGUAACUGGGGGGGAAAAUCAGAUUUAAAAUAAUAUUUCUCUUUUUGUUUACUGCUGCUGCACAGAUUUUCUAAACAUAAUCUGAGAAUAAAUUGAAGCAUACAUUGGGGAUGAAAUUCACUGAAUGAGUUUUAUUUCCAAGUAAGGAUGGGUAUAGACUGUUUUGUCUUUACUAAAAGUAGUUCACAUUUCUACAGUGCAUAUUUUUAAAAAUUCAGUAAGACACAAAUGAUUGUGUUUGUGAUGAAAUUAUCACAGA